GCGCACGCGCAGUUGAGUUUGCCGGAGGUUAGGCGGGGAGGGGAGUUGCUUGGUUACAAUAAAUCGGGCGUGAGAGGUUCUAAACUGCUGUUCUGCGCAGUUGGUGAGUUGUCGCGGGAGGCAGUUGGCUUAUCAGGAGCUAUAAUGUCGGGCUCCGGAGGCGGUAGAAAGCUGAGGGAAAGAUGAGGCUUCUCUGAAGCCCUUCAUCGCUAUCUGCGAUGAAGAAGAUUUUUGGCUUUGGGGGCAGGAAGGGCGUGUCGCCCUUGGGCUUGUCCAACGGCCCAGGGAGCAACAGCGUGGGAGAUAAGCGAAAGAGUAAUAAUCGAGUCACCUCGCAGCACGGGUACCUCAUCCAAGACAAAGAUCUGGGAAUGAUCCACAAAGCUGCCAAGGUAGGCAACGUGGCAAAAGUGAAGCAGAUUCUAUUGCUCCGGAUAAAUGGCGUGGAUGACACAGACAAGAUGAACAGGACUGCUCUACAUUUGGCCUGUGCCAAUGGCCAUGCAGGAGUGGUCACUCUCCUAGCAGACAGAAAAUGCCUGUUGAACCUUGGUGACAAUGAAAACAAGACAGCUUUGAUGAAGGCUGUACAAUCCCAGGAAGAGGAAUGUGCAACUAUUCUGCUAGACCGUGGUGCUGACCCAAAUAUAAUGGACGUCGAUGGGAACACGGCUCUCCACUACGCUGCCCUUGGUCAGAAUACAGCUAUAGUAGCAAAGCUGCUUUCACACAAGGCAAAUAUUGAAGCGAGAAACAAGGAUGACCUUACGCCACUUUCACUUGCUCUAAGUGAAAACAAAAAGCAAAUGGUGGAAUUUUUAGUAAACAGAGGUGCAAAAGUCAAUCAUUUGGAAAGCAAUCAUCAGCUAACUUCUGAGUACAAAGAAGAAAGGAGGCCUAAAAUGUGUUCUGAAAGUAGCAAAAGUAUUGUGGAUAUAGAUCUACAGGAAUCUCCAAAACAAGUAUCGAGAAAAGCAAAUUCAAUGACAGUGAGCGAGAAGUCUGAAGAAGACUCUUUAAGCAGGCUGUCCAGCAAACCUGGCAUUGAUGAUUCAUGGCCGAUAUCAGAUGAUGAAGACUUCGAUUUUGAUAACAAGAAUGUCAUGAAGCCAAGCUUAAGAAAGCUAAUGACUGCUAUUCAACAAUCCCAGGAAAACAUAGAAGCAAAAUAUGCCAUUGUGAGACCAGAAAAUAGGACCUUAUAUAAGGACAAUAAUUUUCACAGUGAAAAUGAAGAUGUUGUUGAAACCCUUCCCAACACAUCAGAAAAAGUCCAGGGCUUUUCUCAACCUGCCUUUUUGUCACUUGAACCUCUUCUAAAAGCUUCUGAAAUGUCCUUAGAAGUCAUUGGUAUUCCAAAGGAAAAAGCAACAAAGCCAGAAAUUAAAAACAAAGGAAAUGGUAUUGAUAUUAUUGAAAGUGCUCCACAAAACCAAACAAAUAAUAACAAUUUUACUUAUGUUGAUGGAAAAUAUAAAAACAAUAGUAGUGACAAACUGGCAGCAUUAGGAUUAGAAGAUGAAGAUAGAGAAUCACUUUGGGACUCUGAGGAGAGUUUCUCUGCAAGUCUUCCACAGGAGCAUGUUGAUCAUUUAUCUGAAGCUGUAGAUCAGAGAGAAAAAAUUAUACUAAAGGAACAAGUAGAAGAUUCUCCUGGAAAAUAUUCUCACUUAAAGCCUACUGUUGAAGUGAAAGAUCUGGUUCCUAGAAAAGCAGUAGGAAUGAACUUUGUACAAACAUCCAGAUCAGAACUAGACUUAGAAGUGACAUCAGAAGAAGAGCAAGAAAGGUUGUAUGAAAGUGAAAAUAACCACACACAGGUUGAAGAAGAAAAGAUGCACAACAGUAGUGAAAUGGACAUAAUAGAAAAUGUGUACAAUGCUGCUGCUGAUGACAGCGCUGGAUUAAUUCAACAAAGGAAGAGUGAACAAACUGAUAAGCAGCCACUCCCUAUUAUAGAAAAUGAAUAUUCUGAUAGGUCUGCACAGAAAACAUCUCAUGAAGAGAAAACAUCUAGUGAAGAGAACAAGGUCAAAGAGGAAUUUAAUUCCAUGGAUAACCUUGAUGACUUAACUCAGUCAUCUGAAACAGUUUCAGAACAUUGUGAGUUGCCUUACUCCAGUUGUAAGAAUUCCUUGUUACUAAUUGAACAACUUGGCAUGGAUUGUAAAGAUUCUGUUAGCCUACUGAAAAUCCAGGACGCACUUCUUUCCAAUGAAAGAUUAAUAGAACUUAAGAAAAAUCACUGUGAAAUACUUACAGGAAAAAUUAAAAAAAUGGAAAAUAGGAUUAGUGGACUACAAAAGGAGCUAUCAGAAACAAAAGAAAUGAAAUCACAAUUAGAGCAUCAAAAAGUAGAAUGGGAACAAGAACUCUGCAACUUGAGAUUUACAUUAAAAGAAGAAAAAGAGAAGAGAAAAAAUAUGGAUGUGUUAUAUGACAAAAUAAGGGAGCAGUUAAGGAAAAAAGAAGAGCAAUAUAUUCAACAAGUUGAAAUGAACCAACAACUUGAAACCACUCUUAGAACACUAGAGAUGGAACUGAAGGUUGUAAGAAAGAAUUUAAAUCAGGUUAUAGAAGAGCGAAAUGACACUCAGAGGCAACUUUCUCGAGAACAGAAUGCCAGAAUAUUACAAGAUGGAAUUUUGACCAAUCACCUUUGCAAACAAAAGGAGUUACAAAUAGCUCAUGAGAAAAUAAAUUCUGAGGUUUCUGAUAAUUAUGAAAAAGAAAAUAAUCUGUUACUUGAAAACCAUAUGUUACAAGAUGAAACUGCCAAGCUAAGACUGGAAAUAGACACAAUAAAAAGUCAGAACCAGGAAAUGGAAAAAAAAUAUUUUGAGGACAUUACAAUUGUCAAAGAAAAUAAUGACCUUCUUCAAAAGACAAUAAAACUGAAUGAGGAAACAUUUACAAAAACAAUAUCCCAAUAUAAUGGGCAGCUUAAUGUUCUGACAGCUGAGAAUACAAUACUAAAGUCUAAACUGGAGACUGAAAAACAAAACAAAGAAGGACUAGAAACAGAAGUUGAAUCAUACCGGUCUAGACUGGCUACUGCUGUACAGGAUCUUGAGCAAAGUGAGACAUCAAAAAGAGACCUGCAACUUGAUUUCCAGAGAGCAAGAGAUGAAUGGUUUCGUUUACGGGACAAAAUGAAUUGUGAUAUCUCUGACCUGGAAGAUAGAAAUGAGAUUCUUUCUCAACAACUUUCUAAAGCUGAAAGUAAAUUCAAUAGCCUAGAAAUUGAGCUUCAUCACACAAGAGAUGCUCUCAGAGAAAGGACAUUGGUUUUAGAAGGUGUACAAAGAGACCUAAGCCAAAUACAGUGUCAAAAGAAGGAAAUAGAACACAUGUAUCAAAAGGAACAAGGCAAAGUGAAUAAAUACAUUGGAAAGCAGGGCUCCUUAGAAGAGAGGCUGUCACAACUACAAAGUGAAAAUGUGCUGCUUCGACAGCAGCUGGAUGAUGCUCACAACAAAGCUGACAAUAAAGAAAAGACAGUAAUUAGUAUUCAAGAUCAGUUUCAGGAUAUCAUAAAAAUAUUUCAAGCUGAAAGUGAAAAACAAACUCUUAUGCUGAAUGAAAGAAAUAAGGAGUUAAUCAAUGACUGUAAUCAUUUAAAAGAAAGAUUGCACCAGUAUGAAAAUGAUAAAGCAGAAAGAGAUGCUGCUGUGAGACAACUUCAACAAGAACUGGCUGAUACCCUAAAAAAACAGUCUAUGUCAGAGGCUUCACUGGAGGUUACAUCACGUUAUCGUAUGGAUUUAGAAGAAGAAACACAGCAUUUAAAGAAGAAAUUAGAUCAAAUCAGAAGUCAAUUACAAGAAGCACAGGAUCGAUACACAGCGACUGAAAGAUGUGCUGAGGAGAUGCAAGAUCACAUGCAAAAGCUUGAAAUUGAAAAUGCUAAGCUAAAAGUUACAAUCAAAGAGCAAUCACUCAAAAUUGAACAGCUUCAGACAAACCUGGUAUGUACAAAUUCGUCUCAGGAUGAAAGGGAACAAUUAAAGAAAUAUAUUGAGUUAAAACAAUCUCUGGAGUGUAGCUUGGAUCAAGCAAUGAAGAAAAAUGGUGAAUUAGAAAAAGAGAUUACUGGAUUUAAGAAACUCUUAAAAAUUACAAAAAGGAAGUUAAAUGAAUAUGAAAAUGAAGAGCUUAAUUUCCCUGGAGAUUUAAAAGUGAAUCAAAUUGAAAUGGAUAUUCAGAUUAAUAUGUUAAAACAUAAGAAUGAUGAACUUACAGCAAAACUGGAAACUGCAUCUUCAAAAUGUCUACAUCUGGAUGAGAAAAAUAAAUUUCUUCAACAGGAGUUAUUAUCUAUGAAAGCAAUACAAAAAAAAUGUGAAAAACUAAAGAAUGAGAAAAAGAAGUGGAAACAAGAAGGAAUAAACCUCAAAAGACAUAUGGAAAUGAAUAUGGUAGAAUACAGUGAAGUAGAACAGUACAAACGGAAGAUUGAAGAAAGAGCAAGACAGGAUAUAGAAGAAAAAUUGGAAGAAGUCAAUCUAUUUUUACAGACGCAAGCAGCAUCUCAAGAAAAUCUGGAGCAGUUAAGAGAGAAUCAUAAUGCUUCAAUAAGAAGUCAGUUGGAACUGAGAAUUAAAGAUCUAGAAUCUGAACUCUCCAAAAUAAAAUGUUCUCAAAAUUCUAAAGAAAUAGAUUUGGAAAAAUAUAAGCAACUCUUUCUAGAAGAAAUGGAAGGUAGAAAGUCAUUAGGAAAUAUACUAAACAAGACCAAUGAGAGGCUAGCUGAGGUCAGCACUGAACUUCUCCUGCAUAAACAGCAGAACAGAUCUUUACUCAGCACUCUUAAUACGAGGCCAGUCCUGGAGAUGCCUUGUGUUGGAAAUCUUAAUAGUAGUUUUGUACUCUAUGGAAAUUCCACUCAAAGAGAAGAAAACCUGGUGAUUCCUACCUCAAGGCCACGGACUUCAAGUAAUAGCAUGGAAGCUUACUUGAUCAAGAUGCGGCAGGAGUUAGAAAAAGCUCUAACUAGAGAACUUAAAGAAGAUGCUGCUGAAUUUGAAGCUGAAGCCUACAGAGCUUACCCUGUAGGAUCAAUUGAUAAGGCAAAUUCAUGUCAAGAUCUACUUUUGAAAACAUCACAAGAAUAUGCACAAAUUUUGCAGAAAAAUUAUAUGAUCUGAAAUAUAAGUACUAAUUU